AUGGCUGCUAAAAAAGUUGGUAAUAGAAAUAAUCUUUUAUGGAGGUUGAUCAAGCUGUUCCAGCAUUAUUUCCCCUGCGAUAGGGUUUUAGCUCAAAGGAUAUUUAAGUCGACAGUAAACUCUACUGUUGCAUUUAUAUUUGUAUUGAUCCCCCAGAUAAGGAAUCGUUUAGGUAGUGUUCCACCAAUGUUACCAUUAAUUUCAGUUAUGGUUCAUCCAGGCAGGAGAGUCAGUGGUACUAUUCAAGGUGCUAUUUAUUGUAUUACUGGUUUAAUCUUUGGUUUGGCUUAUGCUUUAUUGGGACGAUUCCUGGCCCAGCGUUGUUUAGGUUCAAGUUGGAAUAAGUUAACUGACAAUGAACACUAUGCCACUCAUUAUAAAAGUUACGAGGCUGCUUUGGCUAUCCUUGCAGUUUUUGAAACUAUUAUGCUUUUAUUUCAUGGUUGGAUGAGAUCUGUCAAUCAUCAUUAUUUUGGUAUAGUCUUCCCUCUUUUUUUAGUGGUACAUUUCACAUUUCUGGAGCCUUUAAAAGUAACACCUGCUCAAUUGUCGAAAUCAUAUACUACUCCCUUUUAUUUAGGAAUUGCCAUGUCGAUCUUUUGGAAUCUUGUGUUAUUCCCAGAGUUUGGUAGCUCUUAUCUAGGUAAUGCCACCGUUGAAACAUGGAAUGAAGUUCAUAAAGCUGUUGAUCAUGCCAUUAACUUCUUUCUGACUAUUAAUCUUAAUGGCGACAGCUCGAAAUAUACAAAAGAACCUGCAUCAUUAGGAAAACUGUUAAAUAUGAAAAAUACAAUUGACAAAAAAAUAAGCACUAGUCAAUUAGUUUAUGAAGAAUGUGUCUACGAAGCAAGUUAUUCUUACGUAUCACCAGGUCAAUUAUCACCUGUAAUGGAUACGUAUGAUACAUUGUCAAAAUCAAUAAAAGGGAUUAUAAAUUCAUGUCAAUUGGAAUUUAUUUUAUUAGGUAAGGAGCAAAGAGAUGGAAAAACUAAUCCAUUGAAUAGGAAUACUGAAAAGGAAAUUGAAUAUGCAGAUGCUGAAAAGUUAUUUAAAAUCUUAGAGAGAAUCCGUCCACUUGUCUACGAUUUGCAUAAGACAUUAAGUGAAAGUAUUUAUACAAUCAAGUUGGUAUUGGCUAAAGCUUACGAUGUCAAUUUAAAAAAUGUACAUACUUGUUCAAUGUUUACAAAUGGUUCAUUCCCUGAAUAUAAAAACAAAAAAGAUUUCCCAAAGGAUUUCCAAUUUGAAGAAAGAAUUCAAUCUUUGGAGACGUCAUUAUUGAAUUUUAACCUUGGUUAUAGAAAUGAAUUAAUCCGUUUGGAUAUUAAUCUAUUGGAUCCAAGUGAUGAGAUGUUUCUUCUAUCGUCAUUUUUAAUGAACUUUCAACAGGUUACAAAGAAUAUAAUAGAAGUUAUGAAGUCUUCUAAAGAUAUAUAUGACUUUCGGGUAAAGCAAGAAAGUAAAGGUUGGAUUCGUGGAAAAACGUUAUGGAUAAACUUCUUAAGAAAUUUUGAUUCUUUAAAGACUUGGAUAACUAGUACUUAUACAAAGGGUUCUUCAGUUACAGAAGAUGAAGGUUUAAGAGGUACAUUGACAUCAUCAAUAGCAAAUCCUUAUCCGAUUACAAAGAGACCUGAAGCUGAAGAAGAUGAACUAUUAGCUCAAAAAAUUGAUGAAGUAUUGAAGCCCCAAAGAUCAAAUGUACAAGAGUUACCAAUAUCAAAUAAUGAUUUGGAUAUGGAUAGCCUCUGCAAGAAAGUCGGGCAACCUUUGUAUUUGAUUCCAUCGUAUUAUUUUACUGCAUUUUUAGUGUGGGGUAAUAAAUUCUACAAGAGAUCAAAAGCUCAUUUCAGAUUUUCUAUUCAAGUUGCAAUUGCUUUAUUAUUGUCAUCAUUUCCAAUGUUUAUCCCUAAAACUAGAGAUUGGUAUAAUCAAUAUCGUGGUGCCUGGAUAGGUUUCGUGUGUAUUUUAUGUUUAGAGCCAUCAGUGGGAGGUACAUUUUGGGUAUUCUUUUUACGUGCAGUUGGUGUUAUUAUUGGUUCUGCAUGGGCGUAUGUUUCUUACGUAUCGGCUGUCAAUCAAACCAAUCCUUACUUAGAAACUGUUAUUACAUGCUUCGGGUCUGCUCCUGGUUUUUAUUUUCUUUUAGGAACACCAUACGUCAAAGCUGCAAUUAUCCAAAUCAUUAGUAUAUAUAUUGUUAUUUUAGCAGCAGUUUAUCCAGGUUCAGCCCCAGGUGGUAUUUUGGUCAACUUUGCCAAAAGAUGUCUUGCGGUAGGCUAUGGUGGUGUAAUUGCUUUAUUGGUUCAACUAGUUAUUUUCCCAAUUACUGCUAGAGAGCAGCUUAAUGAAGAAAUAUCAUUUGUGUGCGGUUGUAUAUCAAGAAUGGAAACAUUAUAUGCUUUUGGGUUAGAAGGAGAAAAGGUAUCUCCAAUUGAUUUGAACGAUCGUUAUAAACAGUUUUCUAAGAUUUCACGCACUGCGAAAGCAGCAUUAGCAAGAGCAGAGGCAUACAAAGGCCUAACAAGACAAGAACCUAGAUUAAAAGGGAAGUAUGUUGAAUUAGAAAUAAUAUUCACUCAAGUUAUAUUCUUACAGAAACAAAUCAUCGAACGUAUGGAUAAUGUAGCUUUAUUAAGGUUAGAUUAUGGUAGUGGAGUAAUUGAUGAAUUGAAUUAUGCUGUAUUUCCUUACCGUAGACAAGUUGUUGCGAAUGUUUCCUGUUUGAUGAGAGCUCUUCAAGAAGCCUUUAUAAAUAAAACACCUCUGCCUCAAUUUCUUCCUAGCGCCAGAAUUUCUCACAGAAGACUAGUUAACAAAGUUAGACAAGCACUGUGGAACAAAUACCGUACUCAAAUCAAUAGCCUAAAACCUCACGUUGUUCCAAAUAGGUUUGAUCAUGAUACCGAAAGCGAUACGGAUUCAAUUUCUGAUUCUGAUGACGAAGGUAUUGUAAUAAACUCUAGAAAACCCUUAGCAGCUGGAUUGGAACUAUUGUCGCCUCAUGAACAAUUAUUAAAAGAGAAGUUCUUAAGUUGGAAUGCAUCUAGUGCAGCUAUUGAAGAAAUUAUUGAAUAUAUUGAAGAAUUACAGGAUUUAACAAAGAUAUUGGUUGGCGUUAAUGAAUUUAAAUAUGGAUUUUUAUCACGCCCAUUAUAUACAGAUUGGGCUGCUGCUGCGGUUACUGGUUUUGAUACGUUUAUUGCAGGCAAUAUUCCAUCCGAUAACCAUACUCCUUCUCCUCCAACUUUCUCACCAAGUGAACCAAUUCAGGAAGAAAUUAUUGAAGAAAAUGAAACUCAUGAUUUAUCAAGUAAUUCCUUUACUUCUGGAAGUCUAUCUAAUACAGAUUUUUCAGAUCUUGAAAAUCAACCGAUAGCAUAUAACAAACCUACAGCAGAUUAUGGUGAUGCUGGACCGUCUACCGUAGACCUCGCUAGGAUUGCUUCUCAUAAAUUGACUCGAGGAAAGGAUGGUCUUCCAAAACCAUUUAGGCAAAGAGCAUUCUCUAUUGGAUCAUCUAGUGAUUAUUCUUCAAAUCUUCAACCUCUCUCGCAGAGAAAAACUCUCGGUGAAGCAGAUUCGAGUUUCUACGAUACAGAACAAAGUUCUGAUGACGACUUGCCUCUUGCACUAAAGAGAAUAUUGAGUCGUAAAUCAGGUAAGAGUAACAAAGAUAAAUAA